GAGGUGACCCAGUUUGAUGAGAUCUUCUUAAACUGUAGGAAUCACACAAUUUCCUGGUAGGCAGCUCUGGCAUAAUGUGAUGUUGAGUGUGAAGUUGCUGUGUGCUGCGGUGGAUGGGAGCCCCACCUCCUCCCACGCUCUGAUGAGUGGAGAGAGAGAGAGAGAAAGAGGGAGGGAGGGGGAGAGAGAGAAAGAGAGGGAGAGAGAGGGGAGCAACUAACCUACCCACUGUGUCUCACCACUUGCUCUCUGGAAAUGGUUCAGAUGGGCUUCUUAUUUAGGACCGCUUAGCUAUUCCGUUUUAGGUUGCAGAAAUGCCAUGUGUGUUGCAGUCGCCUAGACAUCCCGUGCGUCCUUAGAGUGCGCUCUGAGCUACUUGUAUCGGAGCGGGGGAAGCGCCGGAGAAACUUGGACCAAAGGGAUGCGACAGCCAGCGAGUGCAUAUCUUGGCAGGGAUCAGUUAUUGGGGACUGAAAAUGGCACGCACUAGUUUGUCCCCCGUGGAUUGACACUCUCCAUUUCCCAGCCCUGUCAUCUCAUCUAACGCAAACUGCCCCGAACUUAAGAUAUUCCGCGCGGACUGAAAGCUGCGUCUGUUGUUGCUCGAGGGCUGCCGGGCGACCCUGGUGGACGUAGGAUCCCGAAUUUUGAUGCGGAAAGUUGCGAGUCCCCGCGAAUGGAUUUGGUGAUUUCGAUGUCAGCGCUGUGACGGAGGUUUGAGGGUGAGACACCUGCCUCUGGGAGCACCGGUGGACGCAUUAUCAGCCGCGGAAGAAAAACUGGCAAUUGGCGACGAGCGCUCAAGUCUCCGGAUCAGGCAGAUCUUCUGAUGAACUAAUGGAACUGAAUGUACAAGUAGUGCUGUUUUGGGUCGUGGUGCUGCACUGUGGCUCUGCUGAGGGCAGCAUCCUGUACCGGGUCCAGGAGGAGCAGCCGCCCAACACUCUUAUUGGUAGCCUGGCAGCAGACCAGGGACUUCCAGACUCUGGUCACCUCUACAAGCUAGAGGUGGGUGCCCCUUAUCUUCGCGUCGAUGGAAAGACGGGAGACAUUUUCACCACAGAGAUUCCCAUAGACAGAGAGACCCUCAGAGACUGUCGCUCCCUAGCCAAAGGGAAGCCCUGCUACCUGGAAUUCGAAGUGUCCGUGACAGAUCUGAUACAAAACCAGAGCCCACGACUGAUUGAAGGACGCAUUGAAGUACAGGACAUCAAUGACAACACCCCGCAAUUUCCCUCUUCUGUGCUCACCAUCUCCGUCCCUGAGAACACAAUCAUGGGGGCACUGUUCUCCAUACCUCUGGCUACAGACCGGGACUCUGACAGGAAUGGGGUGGCUGACUAUGCGCUGACUGCAGGGCCAGAUGCAGCGACCCUGUUUGGUUUGCAAGUGGCCGACGACAGAGGAGGGAAGCUCCCGCAACUCAUCGUCCUGGGCAAUUUAGAUCGCGAGUUAAAGGAUUCUUAUGACCUCACAAUCAAGGCGGUGGAUGGUGGAAACCCUCAGCGCUACAGCAGUGCUCUGCUGAGAGUGGUGGUGACCGAUGCUAACGACAACUCCCCCAAGUUUGAAAAGUCCACGUAUGAGGCGGAAGUUUCAGAAAAUAGUCCCGUGGGGCACUCAGUGCUGCAGGUGAAAGCAAAUGACUCAGACAUGGGCCCUAAUGGAGAAAUUGAGUACACUCUUCACCAGGCGGUCGACCCAGUGCCGAAACUUUUACGAAUUGAUCGGUCCACAGGCAUUAUCUAUGUGAAAGGACCACUGGAUAGGGAGGAAAUCAGCAGCUUGUCCUUUUAUGUGGUGGCGAGGGAUAAGGGUCCUCAACCUAAAAGCUCUAAGACAUUCGUAACCAUUGAGGUGACUGACCAAAAUGACAAUGCUCCAGCUGUGGAGAUUCGCGGGAUUGGUCUUGUGACUCACACUGAAGGAGUGGCUAAUAUUUCAGAAGACAUGCCAGUCGGAACAGCUGUUGCCUUAGUGCAAGUGUCUGACAAAGACGAAGGAGAGAACGCCGUGGUCACUUGUGUCGUGGCAGGAGACGUUCCCUUCCAGCUCCGUCCUGCCAGCGACUCUUCCACUGAUAACAAGAGGAAAUAUUUCCUACAGACCACCACUCCUCUUGAUUAUGAAAGAGUUAGGGAUUACAGGGUAGAGAUUGUGGCUGUUGAUUCUGGAAACCCAGCACUAUCUAGUACAAACUCUCUAAAGGUUCAGGUGACAGAUGUGAACGACAACUCCCCGAUAUUCUCCCCGACAUUGUUUGAGGUUGAUUUUGCGGAAGAAAACCAACCAGGUGAGAAGGUUUUGGACGUUACGGCCUCAGAUGCUGACAGCGGGACCAAUGCCGAACUCCUCUAUAAUAUCGUGGCCGAUUCAUCCAUCAAAGGUUUGUUCGAAAUUGACCCAAAUACAGGUGAAGUAAGAGCCAGGAGCCCGCUGGAUCGUGAACAUAAAGAAAGAUAUGAGUUUCGGGUGACUGCAGCAGAUAAAGGGUCACCUGUUCAUAAAGCAACCGCGACUGUCGUAAUAAAAGUCCUUGACCGCAAUGACAAUGACCCCAAGUUCAUGCUUAGUGGCUACAGCUUUUCAGUUUUGGAAAACAUGCCUCCCCUCAGUCCAGUUGGCAUGGUGACAGUCUUAGAUAUGGACAAAGGUGAGAACGCUCAUGUUCACCUUUCUGUAGAGCCUGAUGGGGGGAAGUUUGUAGUUCAAAAUGGAACAGGCACAAUUCUCUCAAGCAUCUCCUUCGACAGGGAGAAAGAAAGCAGCUACACAUUCCGUCUAAAAGCACUAGAUGGAGGAGAGCCACCCAGAUCUUCAUAUGUGGGUGUCACUAUAAACGUCUUGGAUGAAAAUGACAAUGACCCCGUGAUCACUAAGCCCUCCAACUCCUCCUUCAAGCGCUUGUCACCUUUAGCUUCCCCAGACAGCCAUGUUGAGGUAGUGGAAGCCGAAGACCUGGACAGUGGGCCUAACGCAGAACUUGUCUUCAGUAUCGCCGGGGGAAACCCUUACCAGUUAUUUCGCAUUUCCCCCUCCAGUGGAGAGAUAACUCUGGCGAAGGAGAUGACCCGUAAACACGGUGGACUGCAUCGUCUGGUGGUGCGAGUGAGUGACAGGGGGAAACCCACACGCCAUGCCACUGCCCUGGUCCACAUAUAUGUCAAUGAAACCAUUUCAAAUGUCAGCUUAGUGGAAGCCUUAGUUGGACACAGUCUUUACACUCCACUGGACAGGGAUAUUGCUGGUGAUCCUGACAAUGGUUUUGCUGCACAGCGUAGUAACAUUUUAUUCGGAAGCCUUGCUGGUGUGGCAGGUGUUGUAAUGUUGAUCUUGGUGGUGGUAUUUGUUCGACACCGCAUCCAAAGAGAAACUAAAAGUGGGUAUCAAGCAGGCAAAAAGGAAACUAAAGACUUAUAUGCGCCCAAGCAGGCACCAAAGAAUGCCAAAGGUAAACGGGGAAGGAAAGGCAAACCCCAGAAAUCCCCAAAGCCACUUGGGGAAGAUGAGGAGGUCAGCCUUCAGAAAAGUCUCAAGUUUAACCUUGAUGGAGUCAAUGAUAGCCCCAGGAUACACCUGCCCUUAACAUAUUCACCGGGAAGCCCUGAUAUAGGCAGGCACUACCGCUCUAACUCCCCCUUGCCCUCCAUCCAGCUGCAAGCCCAGUCCCCCUCUGCCUCUCAGAAGCACCAAGUCGUCCAGGACCUUCCCGCUGCCAACACAUUUGUAGGAACAGGAGGAGACGACAACUCUACCGGCUCAGACCAGUACUCAGAUUACAGCUACAAGACCACUCAUCCGAAGUAUAACAACAAACAGCAUCCCCAUCGGCGAGUGACCUUUUCCACCACCAACCCCGUGCAGGACCUGCAGGAUGCCUCUCAGCACAGCUACUAUGACAGCGGCUUGGAGGAAUCGGAGACUCCCAGCAGUAAGUCAUCGUCUGGUCCUCGCAUCGGACCCCUGACCCUGCCUGAGGACCACUAUGAGAGAACCACUCCAGAUGGCAGCAUUGGAGAGACCGAACACCCGGAAAACGACAUCCGCUCCCUCCCUGAUGUGGCAAUGACUGGAAACUGCACGACCGAGUGCAGUGAAUUGGGCCACUCAGACGCCUGCUGGAUGCCUGGGCAUCCCUCCCCCGUACGCAAGACCAGGAACCCCCCGAAACUCUCCACCUUCGUGCCUUACCAGGAGAGAGGGAGCCUGGGACGCCUGGCGAACGGGAGCGCCAGGCUGGGUGGCGAGGAGCACCGGUCGCGCCUUCCACCCUCCCGCAGUGCCUAUUCCAGCAGCGGUCAUGACGUCAAUCAGGACUGCCCGUUAGAGGAGAUGCCCCUGAGCGUGGCCUCCGAGUUCCCGCCCACCUCCCCGUCCGCCCACACUCCAAAAAGAGAAAUUUACCUGUGAGGAACAUAUUCAUCCGGUCGGUACAUAAGCGAAGAAAAGGUACGCCCACAUCAGAAGGAGAAACAAGCUGUCCACGCUCUAAAGCCAGUGCCCGUUUUGUAGGUAACAAUAGGCUGUGACUCAUUCAAUCACUGGCAUGAACACUUGUUUUUGACAUUUCCUCCUUAAAUUAAUAAUUUAUUAGCAUAUUUAUUAAUGAUUCCACAAAGUCAAUUGGUGCACUCGCUCAUUUAUUUAUUCGAAACCUUGAAGGAUACAAUUCAGACCGAUGAAAAGGAAAUGCAGAUGGUAAUUGCUACUCUAGCAGUGAAUAAUUAUCGUUGUAGUUAGCCAAGUCCCAUUCUGUGAAGUGAUCUCUUGAAUUUGAAAGUUGUGAUCAGUGCUCUUGUGCCAUUAUUAGGUAUAAUUUAAUAGACAGCCAGUCAGGCCAUAUCGGAAGGCGUAACGCUUUUGAUUAACAAUCACAUGGUCUAUCUUAAUGUACAGAGCUGUAAAUACAUUUGAAUGGUGUGUUCUACAUAUAUUUUUGUCUGGCAUAAAGCUGAAAAAAAAAAAAAAAAUUUGCCUCAGAAUUUUAGCAUAUUUAAGCUUUUCUUUACUGCUGCUGUUUAAACUUGAUUGCGACCAUCUCCCGGAGUGGAGCUUGAUAUUGUGGAAGGCAUUUAUCCGCUCCACGCAAACACAGACACACACACACACGCGCACACACACGCAUAAGCACACACCUUCGACCCCUAAUCAUAGUAGAAUGGCCUUUACCUCUGCUCCCUGUAGAGCUCUGCCACUGGUGGAGAGAGCUGUGUGGCAGCAUUUAAACUGACAUUAUGUUCCACUGACUCGCAGCACUGUGACCUAUCUAAAAACGGUUGACUUGGCCGCAGUACCCCAGAGUCACAAUGACCAAGCGCAGAACACUCGUAGGACACAUUCUGAUUGGCUUUUCACUUUGUUGAUGAGUACGUAACCCGCGUGUCAGUUCAGAAAGCUCCUCUCUGUCGUGACAAUCAGAUGGGCUCUAACUCACAUGCGGUUCCUCCGAAGCUCGUAGACCCUUCCCCUUGAAACCCACGAGGUCUGCAGACCUAAUGAAUGCUGGAGGAAUUAUUUACACGAGAGGGCGAUCGCGUGUCGAGAGCCACCGGGGAGAUGACGCACUCGCGGAACUUAACACAACACUUAUAUAAACUCGCUCUGCAUUCGGACCGCUCGGUUCCUCGCUAGAUGUACGCUUCGUCAGAGCUGAACUCAACGCACAGCGCGCCAACAGGGUCUGACAAGGCAGAUUCCGAAAAGAAUAUCAGAAGCAAAUAUUCGAUUUUGUGUCAGUAGCUCCGUGAUAUCCGCGAAGACAGUAAAUCUGUCGAGCUUAAGCGUAGGUUUAGACAGCAGGAGUCAGGCUCGAUUUACAACUCCUGUUAAUUAUCAUUUUCCUUGUAUUGAGGACAACAUGCUUAAUAAGUUAUUAGGCAUUUUUCCUCCUCUGGCUAUUGAACACAGAAUAAAAAUAGGGCAUGCCUGUGGGCUUCAUUUAUCUUUACAAAGAUUUUCCAAGUGAAUCUGAAGGAUAUGUCUGAAGGACACUAUGUAUUAGUCAGUAAUUGGAUGUUAAUGAUAACUCCACUAGCCUGCCUUACCGCGGCAUAGAGCUAGUCGGCGUCUUUGAUUUAAACAUUGAUUUGAUUAGAUUUGUAGAUACCUUUCACCUCUGCAGAGUAUUUCCAUAGUGAGAUUGCGUCUCUGAGUAAGGGUGGAAGAGCUUCGAAUGGACAUUUCCUAAUUAGGGUGAGUAAUGAGUCCUGAGCGAGGGCAUGUGUGAGCACACCCCCAGGACAAGGCACCCACGAGAUAAUGCAAAUCCACCCACGGAGCUACAAUCAGUUAAAAGGGGUAUUUUUAUCAGCACUUACCUCAUCACGCCGCCAUUGAAAUCUGCGUCUGGAAUAAUUAAACUGAAAACAUAUGGAAAUUACUGGACAUGGCCAUGAUUAAAUAAGGUGGGCGAUUAUCCUGCCUUGAGGGGAAGAAAGCACAUUAUGCCGUUUUCAAAGCCAUUUAGCGACUGAAAUAAAAUUCAAACAACAGCCAUGAUACACUGUGAUUAAACCCCCCCAGCUCCCCCGAACGCUGUGGAUAGCCGCUUCGCGAACCGAAAGCAGCGGGUAAGAUCACUGACCUGGAAUUAAUGACAAGUGAGAAGGAUGGCAAUGAGUGAUAAAACCAGUGUCACAUAGCCUCAAUCACAAUUUUUAUCUAUUCAAAUGCUCUGACUUGAUUCAGAUUCACCGCCGCUUUGCUUCCGAAAUUCACCUCUUGGGUUAAAUCUUAACCGGAUUGCAGCCUAAGUGUCACUUCGGCGAAUCUGGAACGCGUCCUCUGAUUUGUCUCGCCGAUAUGUGACAUAAAUCGCGUAACUUUCGGCAGAUAAGUCGUUAUCGGCGGUUGUCGAUCCAAAUGAGAUGACAGGAUUUAGGUGCUCUGCAAAAAAAAAAAAGAAAAAAAACAAGCCCCGGCCUCCUCCCCCCCUCGUCUCUCUCUGUGAGCCGACCUCCUGCUCCUUAUUUCUGGGACUAUACGUUACCAGGUUUGACCUUUCUUUUGAACUCAUGCUGAAUGAACUGGGUUUACUUCUGGCUCAAACACAGAACCUCGAUCAAAGUAAGAGGACGUCACGAAGCACCUAAAUACACUCGAAAGUAUGUUGAAUAAUGUUUAAUUUGUACUUAACAUUGAUUUAAUGUUGAAUUCACUUGAGUAUAUUUUGCCUCUCUGUAGUGUGUAUCGUAUGGUGAUAAUUUCUGUGGACAGAUGGACAAAUUACCGUACUGUAAUUGGCAAGGGAUUAUUAUUUUUCCUUCUUACUGGUCAAAGACUCUUAGCAAACUGGUUGUGUGAAAAAAUAAAGAAACAUGUCGGUGGUGUAGUGUACAUAGAUCUCCACAACCCCCUGUCUGCCGUCAGGCGGGCAACGAUUUUAGCAUGAAUUCCAAAGAUAAUUUGGUAGAAGCUGUUUACUCUUUUCUCUUUUUUUUUCCUAUCAUUUGAUUUUCCGAAGUGUCAGUGCCGGUUCAUAAUCAAAAAGGCCCUCUCACAAACGAACUGAAAUUAACUUUCAUCUUUUUUUCCACAGUUUCAUCUAGAACAAAGACGAUUGCCUUGAAAAUAUGUCUUUGCAAGAGAGAAUCUAGUUGUUAUCCUAAUUGUUGGUAUAUUUAUAUAGGAUAAAAUGCUUGUGAUGCCAUGUUUUUGUACAGUUUUAUGUACAUACAAGUGAAGCUUUCUAAAAGUUCUGAGAAAAGCCGAUGGCAUAUAAAAAUUGUAACAUGUUUUCUUGAGAUGUGCACAUCUUGCCUUGGUUGGAUUGACCUUUGCUGAGUCAGUGUGAAUGUGGCCGUUCUAUGCCUGCACUGUAGUCAUUCACUGGCUCCCACCUCCUGAGGACUUUAUCAGUUUUUAUGUUUAUCGUGAACAGUGGAUCGUCCUAUCUUACCAGUUUGUUAAACUCCUGUGUUCUGCUUUGUUCUGUUUCCGCAUGUUGACAAAUUCUCUUGUAAUACUGUAAGUCCUCAUGAACUUUGUAAUAAAAUCACUUCAGGGAAAA